AUGACUUCUCUUACCACCGUCUCUGGUGACCCACUUACCAUUGGCAUUGGCACCGGCACCUCCAUCAAAGACCUUAAACGGGGAGACCCUACCCCCAAAAAUCAAUCCGUCAUUGUUGAUAUUCUCAAGUAUGCAUUGAAUAUUGGGUACAACCAUAUAGACACGGCUGAGGUGUACACCACCCAACCAGAAGUGGGCAUGGCCAUAGCCGGCUACCCACGUCAAAAGUUAUGGAUCACCACCAAGUACUCAGUCUCAUCGUCCAUGAUCAAGAAGAAGGCCUUUACCCCAACCGACUUUAUCGAACAGGCCCUAGAAGAGAUGAAGACAGACUAUAUCGAUUUGUUUUUAAUUCACUUUCCCCCAAAACAGGGCGACCCCUACACAAUAGAAUCCUUAUGGAAGGAAUUCAUAUCCAUCAAGGCGACAGGAAAGGUCAGAUACAUUGGCGUGUCAAACUUUAGUAUUCCCCAAUUGCAAAAACUUUUUGAGGCUACCGGCGUCUACCCCUCGGUCAACCAGAUCCAGUACUACCUUGGCUCGCCAAACCUGGACGUCGUCCAGUUCUGCCAACAACACGGAAUCCAUGUCGAGGCAUACGGGCCAUUGACCCCACUAAGAGAGCCAAAUACAAAGGCAGACACGUUAUUGGAAGACCUGCAAAACAAAUCACAGGAAUUGUUCCGCUACUUGCUCUCCCAAAACAUCUUGCCCAUCACUACAUCGUUCAAACAGUCUCGUUUACAAGAAGCUUUAGAUACACACAAUCUUAUAUACUAA